AUGAUUAGUUCAAUUUAUGAUCGAUUGCUAACUUGUUGGAAAAGAGUUUCUACUGUAAUAAAUUCAUCUCUGAAAUCAGCAAAACUCCCCACAAGUUUACAGUCCUUACCUGAUGAGAUAUUGAUUGAAAUAAUAUAUCACUUGAACCAACUUGAUGUAUUAGAGUUAUGCCUAGUCAAUAGAAGGAUUUACAAGUUAUGCAGAGUCAGAUUGUAUAGGCGAGCUUUAGUCAAUAGUAUUGGUCGCAAAAUUAUAAUGCAUCGUAAAAUAAAUACAUUUGGAUAUACACAUUUCACGGUUGUUAAUAAUUUAGAUCAAGCGGAAUACAAUAAAUUUCAGCAUAUCAUAGUACCUAACCUAUCACCAAAUAAUUACGGAAGGAGUCAAAAUUAUUUCUUACCAGCAAAGGAUUACAAGGAACCCUUAGAGCCGAAGGAUCAAAUUCAUGAAAAAUCUUAUCAAAUCCUACAAGUGGAUUUGUCAAGUUAUAGAAAAUCUGAAAGACACUCAAAUCAAUUUAUCCAUUUCAAGAAAGUCGAAUUAAUUGAUAUGUGCAGCUCAAUUAGCAAGCUAAAUAAACUAAAGGGGUUAUUUAGUGGAACCAAAUGUUUGUCUUUAGAACCUAUCCAGGUUCAAAAGCGCUACCUAAAUUCAGUUCUUUCCCUAUUCUGUUUACAAAAUAUCAAAGAACUUGAAAUAACAAUGGCUCAUGGGAUUUAUAGAGCAUUUGGACUCUGGAAAUUAAUGGAAGCAAUGCCAAAUAUAAAAGUUGUCGUAAUUCAAAAUGAUGGUAGUCAUUUUUUGGCACCAAUGGUUGGUUGUGCAUUUAGAAAAUUGCCGAACCACCUGCUUCGAAAAUUUUCCUUAGAUAUCCUGGAUAAUAUUCGUUUACCUCAAUGCAAAGGAAAUUGUAUUUUUGUUAAGAAAUUGUUGGAACAUUGGGGUUCGAAUCUUGAACUUGUCAGGGUUAACAAAGUGAGUGUUGCAGAGAGGACAACGUUAUUGACAGUUGACCUCUUUUAUGAUCAAAAUGAUGAUCUUGAUCAAGAGAUGAGGCAAGAGAUAGAGAGCUUAGUCCAGUGGAUUAAGUCAAAUAUUACCAAGUAUCCCAAACUUAUGUAUUUCACAUUUUAUACAUAUCAAUUUGUGAUAGAUAGGGAUGGGGAAGAAUGUCACUGGAUUCAAUUAACCGGGAAAAACAAUGAUUUGGAUAAUUAAUACGAGGAGCAUACUUCAUUAGUAUUUAUGAUGAUUGAUUUUAUAGUUGUCGCUCAGUCCUGAAAAGUAUGGUUCUAAAGAACAUGAAUUGUCAGUUUUUCCUUUAGUUCUGCAGUAAUUUAUGGACAAUUCUUGCCAAAAGAUAUUAAGAUAUUAUAUUUUAUUAAUAAAUAUGUUGAAGACUCGAUGUGAUUUAUUAGCACUUACCUUCAACUAUAUUGUUUAUUCUAU